AUGGCCACCAUUCGAGAGAAAGCCGCCGCAUUAAAUCUGUCAGAGAAAUUAUUCAGUCCCAUGCAUCGUCCCCAAGAUCACAGGACUGUCCCCAAGCCAUACCAAGCUGAUGUCAUUUGGAACAGCAUAAUUUCUAACCUUCAAGCACAGGUGAAGGUGAAACGAAGGCGACACUAUUUGAGGUCCCACAACAACUGCUUUGUGGGCUCGGAUGCAGUUGAUGUGAUCCAGGCCCACAUUGUUGAGAAGAAGCUCCUUGGAGAUAUGGAAGUUCCCAGGACUAAAGUUGUGUGGGUGUGCCAAACCUUAAUGGACUGGAAGGUGUUCGAAGCUGUGGGAACCAAAGUUUUUGGCAAGGAAAACAAGCUCUUAGUAUUUCAGGAUAGCAACUGCAGCCUGUAUAGAUUUUUGAAUACAGAGAGUUCGCUGAAAAAUCGGGAAAAUGUGCAACAUUCAUCUGGAGAACAGUCGCCCUGCUUCUCAUCAUGCAGCUAUAGGCAAGAUGACCAAGUGUGUUCCCACAGUACACCUGUGAAAUCCUUCCAAAGUUUAGAAGCUCUCUUUGAGAACCUUGACUUGAGUCCAAGGUCUGCACAAGCAAACUCCACACUGUCACAAUCAUUGAUCAAUGAGGUGUGGCAAGAGCAGACAAUAUUGAGACUGCUUCAACUUGUAGACCUUCCGCUGCUGGAGGGUCUGUUAGACCGCAGAGAAAACCAGUCUCCUCCGUCAAACUCUCCGAACAAGGACCCAGAUUUGUUGUACACCAGCAAUUACAUGGACCGUGAGAUUCUCAAGGCAUUUAGGGACUCCCAGACUGAUGAUUGGCUUCAAGCAGCUUUAGACUGUUUAGACUUCUUACCUGACCAGCUUGUGGUGGAAAUUAGCCGAGAACUGCCUGAUUCCUCUUUUCAACUAGGGGAUGAAGACUGUGGCCAAUCCAUGUACAUGGUUUCUGAGCAGUGCAAAUUGCUGCUAUUUGACAUUCUGACCAAACACUAUGGACAUGCUAACAUCCAGCCACUUCUCACCAACAGUAUGUUUGACAUUUAUGCAGGAAUAAUUGAACUUAUGGAGACCGCAAAGUUUGAGCAGGCUCUGGAAGCAUUGCAGUUGUGUCUAAAGCUACUCCCUCAGCACAGUCGUGAGGAGCUGCGCAGACUCCUGCAUUUCAUGGCCUUGGCUGCAGACCCAGCAGAGGUCAAACUUCACAAAGAGACUGAAAAUAGGAUGGUUGUGAAAAAAGUAUUUUCCAAAGCUAUUGUCCACAGCAAAUGUCUACCUAAGGGGAAGGUGGACCUGUUGGUGCUGUUUAUGCUAGAUAAUCAUCAGGAGAUAUUCAAGAUACCAGGAUCUCUACACAAGCUUGUCAGUGAACGUCUUAACAACAUUACACAGGGGAAAGACACGCACACAAAAUAUGGCUCCACUUUUUGUCACCAAGUUACAAGUGAUGGUUACGAGGAAAGUGUCAAAAGAAACACAAAGGAGGAGCUCUUUGCAUUGCUGAAGACCAUUGAUGAAGACCCAAAAUGCCCUGUCAAAGAGAGGAAGCGUCUCCUUACGCAGUUCUAUCAAGGCCAUCCAGAGAUUUUUGUUCAGUAUUUUGGACCAAGAGCAGACACUGUCAAUUUCAUCUUGGAGCAGAAGUAUUUCAUUCUGGUUUUUCUGUUUUACUUGGAUGAAUUUGAGAUCUACUAG